AUGGUCGACACGUCCGGCCACGGCACUGUGCGUGCUCCCAUGGAAACCAUCGACCUCUCCCUGGGAUGGUCAUUCCAGCAAGCCGACCAGCUUGAAGACAGCUCUUGGUUUCCAGUCAAGAAGGUCCCAUCUACUGUCCACCAGGAUCUGAUUGACAACAACUUACUGGAAGAUCCAUUUAUCGGAUUCAACGAGAUCAAAGCAGAAUGGGUAGGACUCAAAUCGUGGACGUACCGGACAAAGCUGGCACGGCCGUCGAUCCCGGACGGCUCCAAGGCGAUCUUGGCCUUCGACGGCUUAGAUACUUUCGCACAUGUCAGGCUGGACGGGUCAACCAUCCUGGAGAGUGACAAUAUGUUCUUGCCACAUCGGGUCGACGUUACCAACGCCCUCAGAUCCAAUUCUCGUGCCGACCAUGACCUGGAAGUUACAUUCGAUUCCUCGUUUCUCAAGGCCCGAGAGCUCAAAGACCAGCAUCCCGAACAUAAGUUCAUCUGCUUUAACGGAGACCCAGCCCGUCUGGCCGUGAGAAAGGCGCAAUACCAUUGGGGAUGGGACUGGGGCCCGGUCCUGAUGUGUGCUGGAAUCUGGAGACCGGUCCGCCUGGAGAUUUAUUCGGUGAGAAUGGCGGAUCUGCGAAUCGACACCAGCAUCGCCGACGACCAGCAGGCUGCGACAAUCCACAUGAGUGCCUUGAUUGAGGGAGUCGAAAACCAUAAUGCUCCUAUCAUGGCCAAAUUCGACGUCAGUCUGGAAGGGAGGGUGGUUGCUACACACACUGCCGAAGUCGAUCUCACGGGACAAGGCUCGGCCCAGCUGCAGCUCCCGAACCCCAGACUCUGGAUGCCCGUUGGGUAUGGGGACCAACCACUUUACACUGUUAGAAUGACUGUCGCGGUUGAUAGAGUUGAACUGCACACCGAAACCAAGCGAAUCGGCUUGCGUAAGAUUGAGCUCAUCCAGGAACCCGACUCUCAUGGCAAGUCUUUCUAUUUCCGGGUGAACAAUGUCGACAUCUUCUGCGGAGGCUCCUGUUGGAUUCCCACGGACAGUUUCUUGACCAACGUCACUCCGGCCAAAUACCGCGCCUGGCUUGAGUUGCUGGUGCCUGCAAACCAGAAGAUGAUCAGGGUCUGGGGAGGAGGCAUUUACGAAGAUGACGCUUUCUACGACGCCUGCGACGAACUCGGCAUCCUAGUCUGGCAGGACUUCAUGUUCGGCUGCGGCAACUACCCUUGUUUUCCAGCCAUGCUGAGAUCGAUCCAGGCGGAGGCGGUGGCCAAUGUUCGGCGAAUACGACACCAUCCAUGCCUGGCCAUUUUCGCGGGAAACAACGAAGACUACCAGGUUGCCGAGUCGGCGCAGCUGACUUAUGACUAUGAGGACAAGAACGAGGAACACUGGCUGGAGUCUGAUUUCCCGGCGCGGUACAUCUACGAGGCGCUCUUACCGAAGGUCUGCGCGGCCGAAGCCCCAUGGGUCGCGUACCAUCCGGGAUCACCAUGGGGCGACGGCAGGAUCAGCUCCGACCCCUCUGUCGGGGACUUGCAUCAAUGGAAUGUGUGGCAUGGGACGCAGGAGAAGUAUCAGAUCUUUGAUUCCCUCGGGGGUCGGUUCAACUCCGAGUUUGGAAUGGAAGCGUUCCCGCACCUUGCCACGAUCAAGUCAUUUGUGGAGAAGAAAGAGGACCUGUUUCCUCAAAGCCACGUGUUGGAUUUCCACAAUAAAGCCGACGGGCAUGAGCGACGGAUCGCCACAUACCUGGUGGAGAACGUGAGGACGGCGACGCAGCUUGAGGCCUACAUACACCUCACCCAGCUUGUACAGUGCGAGGCCCUCAUGUUUGGGUACCGCGGUUGGCGCAAGCAAUGGGGCGAUGGACGACAUUGUGGCGGAGCCUUGGUCUGGCAGCUUAACGACUGCUGGCCGGUCACUAGCUGGUCCAUCGUCGACUACUACCUCCGGAGGAAGCCUGCAUACUAUGCGAUGGCGAGAGUAUUGGCGCCCGUGGCCGUCGGCAUUCGUCGAGCUCACCAUGACUGGAGCGUGACGCAUGCCCGCGAGCCCCAAACGCAGAAUUGGGAGCUGUGGGUGGUCAGUUCCCGGCUGACAGAGGUGACUGCUGAUGUGGAGGUCAGAUUUGUCUCCGUGCGCACAGGACGGGAGAUCAAGGAGAAGAUUGUGAAGAAAUGCAUUCGGGUCGCCGCAAACGGUACCACGAAUGUCGUUGAGGGUGUGAUUGAUAACGUCCGGGAGGAGCCUCAUGUUCUGGCGGCGCGCAUAUGGAUCAAUGGAGAAUUGGUCGGACGUGAUACAGACUGGCCACAACCUCUGAAGUAUCUUUCUUUCGCCGAACGCAAGGUCAAGGUUGAGGCCAUUGGGGACGAGCUGCAUGUCUCUGCCGAACGACCGGUAAAGUGUCUCGUGUUCGAGGAACGCGAAGGAUGCCAUUUGAGCGACAGCGCGAUUGAUCUGGUGCCAAAUGACACACAAGUCAUUCGAAUUCGAGGGCUCAAGGCCGGAGCACCUGCAUUGAGCUGGACAUACUUGGGAGCGGGAGAGCAGUAG